ACCAAGAAAAAUAAUCCCAACUCGCGACGGCACAUGCUUACGCUCCUACAGGAGUCUAUAUAAACAGCAAGCGAGCAGGCAAAAGAGUACCGCAAAAUCAAAUCAUCGAUACACACAAACCUCAUCUUUCUCAAGUAAACACGCACCUCGUUUCCCAGCCUUUCUUCGAUCGGUCUGCUUGCCGCCAGUGGCCAUGGAGGGGAUGAUGACCUUCAUCACGCCGGAGCUCCGCGACGUGCUGGUCAAGGUGGCCGCGUUCCUGCUCGUCCAGGGGCUGGUGUACCUGAUCCUCAGCAAGUCAUCCAACCUCUUCUCCAAGGACGAGAAGCUCAGGUCCCAGAGCUUCCGGAAGAUGCGGACCAUGAGCGUCAGGCGCCUGCUGGGGCCGCUCUUCGACGUUCCCCUCGACACCGACGAGUCCUCGCCCUCGCCCUCAUCCCUCCGGUCGUGGUCGUCGCGCCGCUGGGCUAACCGCGAGGAUUGAGGCGCUUAGUCUCUCCGGCCAUUCUGAAAUCUGAACUGUUGUGGGUUUCUUAUUGUGGUUGAGAUUUGAGAAUGAUAUCUGAAACUCUCAAGUCUCAAGUCAGUAGCUUGGUCUUGUAGAUAUAUGUUCAGUGGAUAGAAUUGGGGGAAUGUAUUAUUUGAUUCUUUAUAACUUGUCUGCUCUUAGUUGUGACUUGUGACUAUGGUUCUUCAAUUGUUGUUUCAUUUGUAAAAAAUUUAUUGCUGAUCAAUACACCAUAUAUAUACUAGUACAG